AUGCACGUUCUCUCGACUAUUCUGCCCGCACUGGGCUUUGCUUCUCUGGCUUCGGCCAAAUACAGCCUGCACGAAGAUUAUGGCACCAAUGGGUCCUUCUUUGACAAGUUCAACUUCUUCACGGACUCCGAUCCCACCAACGGCUACGUGGACUAUGUCAAUCGCAAUGUCGCCCAAAGCCACGGUUUGAUCAACGCCUCCGCCAGCAAUGGAGUUUACAUCGGCGUGGACCACUCCAACACCGCCAGCAAGCCUGGCCGGAAGAGUGUCCGCCUCGAAAGCUCCAAAACAUACCAGCACGGCCUUGUCAUCCUCGAUCUUGCCCACAUGCCUGGUAGCGUGUGCGGCACCUGGCCUGCAUUCUGGAUGCUUGGCUCCGACUGGCCCUCCAAUGGUGAAAUUGAUAUCAUCGAAGGCGUCAACGACCAAUCCGGAAACCAAAUGGCCUUGCACACCAGCGAUGGAUGCACUGUUAAGAACACCGGUUUCAGCGGCAAACUCGACACAGAUAACUGCUACGUCGACGCAGAUGGCCAGUCCGCCAACGCAGGCUGCGCAAUCAUGAGCUCCGACACCCAGUCCUUCGGAAGCGGAUUCAACGACGCUGGCGGCGGUGUCUACGCAACUGAAUGGACUGGCUCUGCCAUCUCGGCCUGGUUCUUCCCUUCCAGCUCUGUGCCCAAGGAUAUUACCUCUGGAAGCCCCGACCCAAGCACCUGGGGUACACCCGCUGCCAAAUUCGCCGGCUCCUGCGACAUCGACAAGCACUUCAAGGACCUCCAGAUCGUCUUCGACAUCACCUUCUGCGGAGACUGGGCCGGCGAAGAUAGCGUCUGGUCUUCCUCCUCCUGUUCCAGCAAAGCAAGCACCUGCAACGACUACGUGCAGAACAACCCCUCUGCUUUCGAAGAUUCCUACUGGCGCCUCAACUCACUCAAGGUCUACCAGGAGUCCAGCUCCAGCUCCGGUCUCGACCUCGGCAUCGACGUUGACCUUGAUCUGGACCUCAAUCUCGGUAGCAGUAAGCGCACCGCGCCUUACCUGCGCCCUGGACCUCGUCCCAAGCACCGUCGUACCCGUCGCCACGGACACGGCCAUGCCUAA